AUGGUACAUAUAAAACUAAGAUUUUGUUUUAAUAUUAAGAUUGUGCUUCAGCUGAAACACGAACCUGUUUGUCAAAGAAUGACAAAAGUAAAGCGCAAAGUGUUUGAUUCCGGGAGGCAGCGCGCAACAGGGUCUGAUAUCACUAUUGAAAACGUCAGAAAUGCACGUAAGGAACGUGAAAAGCUUGGAGGUACCUUUCCUAGACCUCAAACAGGUUGGCGUGAAAGGCAUGAAACGUUCGUUACUGCCGUGUCUUCAUCAAAAACCGUAACGGAAACGCCAUCACAGGAACCAGCGAAAACGUUAUUACCAAAGGGCUAUGUCAAAUGCGAAUACUGUGGGCGUAGUUUUAAUGAUGCAGCUUCACAGCGACAUAUACCGUUUUGUAAGACGCAACAUGACAAGAUGAAAGCAUCAGCGAAGGUCAUAUCAACCGGUACAAAGUUCUCUGCGACCAGUAAUAUGAGCCAAAAAUCAGAAUCAAAGAAAGAAAACCAAGUUACUAUUCGGAAUGCGCGACAGUUGAGUGUUGAUAUUCCGCGAAAGAAUCGAUCAAAUUCCAAAAAACCCAAAUGUCAUCAAGAAAUCCCAGUUCGUCGUUCAAGCGUUUUUUCAAGACGAUCGGAACCCUCAGUACAUCAGGAUAGUCCAGAAGAGAAUAAUGGCCGGCAACAAGUUGACCCAUCAAAAAAGGCCUCUCCAGUAUCGCUGACCCGAAAGUCGGUAUCUGGCAGCAAGAAAAGAACAAGAUCAGUAGUUCAGAAGAAACGAACUUGA